AUGGAGGAGCACCCCGGCGGAGGAGCCGCCGGACCUCCGCCGCUGCCCCAGCAGCAGCCGCUCCAGCUGGGGGGAGCCGGAGGAGCUCACCCGGCCAUCGGCGGCGGCGCAGGAGGACCGGGGACGCUGCUGGGGCCGCAGCAGAACGACGAGCUGCCGCGGCCCCAGCAGCAGUACACCGUCCCGGGCAUCCUGCACUACAUCCAGCACGAGUGGGCCCGCUUCGAGAUGGAGCGGGCCCACUGGGAGGUGGAGCGGGCCGAGCUGCAGGCAAGGAUAGCGUUCCUCCAGGGUGAGAGGAAAGGUCAAGAGAACUUAAAGAAUGACUUGGUCAGAAGAAUCAAGAUGUUGGAGUACGCUCUCAAACAAGAGAGGGCCAAGUAUCACAAGUUGAACUAUGGGACGGAGUUGAACCAAGGCGACUUGAAGCUGCCCAGCUUUGAGCCAGACGCCAAAGACUCAGAAGUGUCGGCGCUUCCCGCCAACAGUCAGCUGACGUGGAAACAAGGACGGCAGCUCCUGAGACAGUACCUCCAGGAAGUGGGCUACACGGACACCAUCUUGGACGUGCGCACGCAGCGGGUGCGCUCGCUGCUGGGCUUGAACGCGUCGGAGCAGAACGGCUCGCUGGACAAGAAGAAGAAGAACCUGCAGCAGCUCAUCAACGGCAACGACGCCAAGCGGGGUCCGGGUGACGUUCUGGAGACGUUCAACUUCCUGGAGAACGCCGACGACAGCGACGAAGAUGAGGAUGAGGACGGAGAGCUGAUGGAUGACAUCAGCGAUGACGUCAGACAUCCGCAAAAACCCAAGAACAAGGUGGGCAACGAGGGUCUGGCGUCCGAGGAGGACGACGCGGAUACGGAGGAGGCGCUGAAGGAGUUUGACUUCUUGGUGACAGCGGAGGAUGGCGAAGGCGCCGGCGAGGCGCGGAGUUCCGGGGACGGGACCGAGUGGGCCGAGCCGCUCCCGUUCGCGCCCGGGGGGGGGAAGAACUUCCUGAUGGGCGGGGCCGACCGCGUGCUGGAGAGCGUGUUGGGAUUGGGCGAUCUGGCCGACCUCACCGUCACCAACGAUGACGUCGACUUCAACUAUGACCUGUUGUCUAAUCAGGAGUCGUCGUUCCGGAAGACGUGGAACCCCAAGUACACGCUGCGAAGCCACUUUGACGGCGUGCGGGCGCUCGCCUUCCACCCGGCGGAGCCGUGCCUGCUCACCGUGUCCGAGGACCACACGCUCAAGCUGUGGAACCUCACCAAGACCGUCGCAGCCAAAAAAAGUGCCUCGUUGGAUGUGGAGCCGGUCUACACGUUCAGAGCUCACGUUGGCCCCGUGCUGUCGCUGGCCGUGACUUCCGGCGGCGAGCAGUGCUUCAGCGGCGGCGUGGAUGCCACCAUACAGUGGUGGAACGUUCCCGGCUCCAACGUGGACCCCUACGACACGUACGACGCCAGCGCGCUGGCCGGCACGUGGACGGGGCACACGGACGCCGUGUGGGGUUUAGCGUACAGCGGCAUCAAGAACCGCCUCCUCUCCUGCUCGGCCGACGGGACGAUCAAACUGUGGAACCCGCGGGAGGAGAACCCCUGCAUCAGCACUUUCAACACCGCCGCAGGUGAGCCGCCGAGCUCGCCGCCCCCUACGAGUACGACACGGUCGAGUUAUGCGCACGCGCGCGCGUGUUUGUGUGUAGAACACGGCGUUCCCACGUCGGUGGACUUCAACGGCUGCGACCCCGCCCGCGUGGCGGCGGCGUUCGACAGCGGCGACGUGGUGGUCUACGACUUGGAGACGUCCCAGAAUGCACUGGUGCUCAAGGGCCAGGGCGAAGGAAGCCGUCCGGGCUGCCAUCACAUCUACAAGGUGGCGAGCCAUCCCACGCUGCCCGUCACCAUCACGGCGCACGAGGACAGAAACAUCAAGUUCUUUGACAACAAGUCAGGUAAGGUGAUCCACACCAUGGUGGCCCACCUGGACGCCGUGACCAGCCUGGCGGUGGAUCCAAACGGGAUCUACUUGAUGUCUGGAAGUCACGACUGCUCGCUGCGCUUGUGGAAUCUUGACUCCAAGACGUGCGUGCAGGAGAUUACGGCGCACCGCAAGAAGAGCGACGAGGCCAUCUACGACGUGACCUUUCACCCCUCCAAGGCCUACAUCGCCUCGGCCGGCGCCGACGCCCUCGCCAGGGUCUACGUGUAGGGCGACCCUCGCGUGUAGAGACGUGACGCCGAACGGCCGCCGCUCGCGCCUCGGGCAGCUGACCGAUGACAUCAUCAGUCCACCUGACACUAAAGCCCCUCCUCCUACGCCACCCGUCCCGCCGAUCGGCCGCUUAUCCAAAUGGCGUCCGAUCCCGUCGCUAGGCGGUCCUCAGGCUCUCUCCGCCGACGGCGGCGAGGUUUCUUCACCAAAGCUUCCCGGAACACGACGGCGAAUAAAACGUACAGACCAGAUCGAUCGGGACAGGAUUCGGGACUGCCGCCGGCCAAGCGGAACGUUUUUCGACAUCCGCGCGAUGACAUCGCAGCAGCGUUUGAUCUGAUCGGUGGCGACGGGACUUCGGACCGCAGUCGUGUGAUCCCGCCAAUCGCGGCUCUCCGUUCAGUUGCCGACGUCACGAGUGCGCGCAGGGUUUUCAAAUAUUUUCAAAGCAUCUCCGUUCUGUUCCUGAAGCGAACGAUUCUGAUCGGUCGGGACGGGAUUCAGAACCGCCGUCACGCGCAGCCGGCCAAUCGCACGUCUCUGUUGAGUCGCUCAGGAGUCGGUGUGACGCUGUCACGAUUGGACUUGAUUGAUUUGGGACUCAGGACUUUAGCGGCCAAUCACAAGUCUCCAUUCGGUCACCGAUAUCACAAGUAUUUGAUGGAUUUUUGACGUUUUAAAAAACAAUCUUUUUCCUCAUCUACUUCCUGUUUUUGUGACGACGUCAUGGCAACUGUCAGUCAACAUCCAGGAAAUAACUGCCAACUCAUUGAUAUUUUAUUUAUUUGAUUUUAUUUUUCCAACGAGCCCCUCCGCCCCCCCCUGCCGAUCGGUUGACCGCAUAGCAUCCGCCUUGGGGGGCGGAGCCACGUCGUUCACUGCCGCCAUUCUCACGCUUCGAUGUCCUUAUUAGGCAGUCAAGACUCCAGGAGGAGAUGUCCAAUCAGAAGCCACCCUGGAGCCCACGCUGCCUCCCGAUUGGCUUGUAUUUUGUUUUAACUUGAGGGAUUGCUGGUGUGGCGAGCAGCACGUUUACCACGUGACGCGUUAUUACUUCCUGUUGGUGUCCUGCAUGAUUACCACAAUUAAAGUAUUUUUUCUAGUCUUCCAA